CCCAGGACUGCGACGUGGGUAACAGCAGCAUGGCGGCGUCAGGAGCUGGUGAGCCUGUCGAUGCUAAGCGUGAAAAGGCCCCGUUUGCUCAGCGCAUCGAGCGCACUCGGGAGAAACUGACUCCUGCUCAACUGCAAUUCAUGCAGCAGGUGCAGCUUGCCCAGUGGCAGAAGACUCUGCCACAGCGGCGGACCCGGAAUAUCGUGACCGGCCUGGGCAUCGGGGCCCUGGUGUUAGCUAUUUAUGGUUACACCUUCUACUCGGUGUCCCAGGAGCGUUUCCUAGAUGAGCUGGAAGACGAGGCCAAAGCUGCACGAGCCCGAGCUCUGGCAAGGGCAUCAGGACCCUAAUCUGUAUGGGCACUGAACAUCUCCAACUUGCAGGAGCCCCUUCACAUGGUGGAUGAUGCCCCGUGAUCCUACACAAAUUGAUGCCUGCUAACUGUGUCACUGCUUACCUUACGAACCUUGGACUAUGUUUGAGCCCAAGAAGCCAUGGUCUUAAUUAUGCAUUUAGUCAGUGUCAAGGGAACAUUGCCCACCUCUCACUGUGUACAGUGAUUGAGUCCUUGUUCGUUUCCUUGUUUGAAGGGUUUGUGACCUUGGCUUUUCCCAAACUUUCUUUGUGGUUUGCCCCCUUCACCUCCCAGGGGCUCAGCUGUUACGGGAGUGGGUGUGGCAGCUCUGUGCAGUGUUGGAGCCUAAAGCGGGAAAGAUAGGGUCAAGUUGAGAAUAAUAAUAAACUGAAUCAUCUCUCCUGGA